AUGGCCGACGGCGAAUCCUCCAUCUCCGUCGCCGUCCGCGUGCGGCCCUUCACCAUCCGCGAGGCCGCCCAGCUUGUGAAGAACGACGACGGCCCGGUCUUCCUGGGCGACGGCUCCCUAGCUGCCGCUCCGCCCAAGCUCCAUGCCAAAGGCCUGCGUUCCGUCGUCAGGGUCAUUGACGACCGCUGCCUAGUCUUCGACCCGCCCGAGAGCAAUCCGAUAUCACGCUUCUCUCGCAGCGUUGUGCCCCACAGCAAGAAGACAAAGGACCAGACCUUCGCUUUCGACAGGGUCUUCGAUGAGAACAUCACCCAAGGCGACGUCUACGAAGGCACCACCAAACCGCUCCUCGACAAUGUCCUGGAAGGCUACAAUGCCACCGUUUUCGCGUACGGUGCCACCGGCUGUGGAAAGACGCACACGAUUACGGGCACGCCGCAACAGCCGGGUAUCAUCUUCCUCACCAUGCAGGAGCUCUAUGAACGCCUUGGAGAGCUACACGAGACCAAGGCUUCGGACGUUUCGCUUUCUUACCUUGAGAUUUACAACGAGACCAUCAGAGAUCUGCUGGUCCCUGGUGGUAGCAAGGCCGGCUUGACACUGAGGGAAGAUGCCAAUCAGGCAGUCUCGGUCGGCGGCCUCUCGAGCCACAGGCCGAAAAAUGUUGAAGAAGUCAUGGAAAUGCUCGUUCGAGGAAAUCAUAACCGGACCAUGUCUCCUACCGAAGCUAACGCCACGUCCUCUCGUUCUCACGCUGUUCUCCAAAUCAACGUCUCUACAAAGGACCGCAAUGCCUCCGUAAAUGAGCCUCACACCAUGGCUACUCUGAGCAUCAUCGAUCUGGCCGGAAGCGAGCGUGCCAGCGCCACCAAGAACCGUGGCGAGCGCCUGGUUGAAGGUGCCAACAUCAACAAGUCGCUCCUUGCUUUAGGAAGCUGCAUCAACGCCUUGUGUGAUCCUCGCAAGAAGAAUCACGUUCCCUACCGUAAUUCGAAGCUCACGCGACUCUUGAAAUUCUCCCUCGGUGGAAACUGCAAGACUGUCAUGAUCGUCUGCGUCAGUCCAUCGAGUGCACACUAUGACGAGUCUCAAAACACGCUCCGCUACGCCAAUCGCGCGAAGAACAUCCAGACCAAGGUGUCGAAGAAUAUCUACAAUGUGGAUCGCCACGUCAAGGAUUACCUGAAGAAGAUCGACGAACAGAGGCAGCUGAUCGAAGAGUUGCAAGCAAAGAUGAAGGAUCUCGAAGGGAGUGCAUUCGUCAAGUUCAAGAAACAGAGCGAGAAGAGGGACGUCAUCGCGAAGGAAGGCAUUAUGAGGAUUCGCUCAGCUUAUGAGAAUGCCGGAGCCGAAAAGCAGGACCGUGUUAACUCGCUGAAAAAGCUCAGGCAGGUGGAGAGACGCAUUUCGAUGAUAUCCGCAUGGAUCGCUGGAUUCGACACCGUGUGCGAGCAAAGGGAGGAUGAAGAGGCGCCGCAAAACUUUGUCGCCAUGCGCAAGACCGCUCUCGGCAUCCAAACAGAGCUGGAGAGCACCCGCCAGCACUUCCACCAGCGACUGGCGAAGAACACCUGGGAUCGUGCUAUCGACACAGCUCUCCACACCGGCGUCCGCCAGCUGAAAGAAACUGAUCCAGCGAACUGCAGCGCUGACGUUGCAACCCUCAUGAGGGAGGCGGAGCUACUCAGAGCCAACGCUGAUCGGGAGACGUAUGCUGCUGUUCUGGAACAGGAGAAGGGUGGAGACUCAGCAGUGAUCCAGAUGCUGCUCCAAGCUCAGUUCGAAGUCGUGGCCAUUCUCGGCCAAAUUAUGGUUAUGGAUGAGGAGGAGGCCGUGCGCGCGGCGAAGGAGAUGCUAGGCAAGUUGGUGUCUUGCUGCUCGGAGGCCGCUUCUCAGGUCAUCAAACCUGAUGGUGGGCUGCCGGUCACUGAGGCCUUUCCGCCCACCAGCCGUGGCACGCCGAAGAGGAGGAAUCCUGUCAAGCUGGUAGCGCCUUCGCCGAUGAAGCUGCCUGUUCCCAAUUGGGAGAACGCUUACUCUUCCCCUGCUAAGGCCAUGGCUUCUCCCCGCAGACGCAAGUUCAACGCGCCGCGCAAGGGUCUGAAGGUUACGCCAAAGAAAUCUCCUAGCAAGCACGUAAAGCGUGGCGUUCGCUGGAGGGACGAUACUGAUGAUGGCGCUCUCGUCGAGUUCCAGGCUACGCCGCAAGCUCUCGACUACACUCCUCCUCCCGGCUCAUCUGCGGAUAAGUCCAUGAGUGGAAUUCCUUCUCUGACUGGAACUCUUGAUUCAUCUCCCAUCCCCGCACCGCCGAAUGUAGCUUCCCUCGAGGUUAAGCCCGUCCGUCCCAACACUCGCUUCCAGACCGGCUUUCUCUCGAAGAAGCCGUCAUCACCUUCGCUUCUGCCCGCAUUCUCGUCGGAUUCCGAACGUGAAGGCUCUCCCCUGCGUGAAUUGGAGCUCAAUAAGGCACGCGGCCGUUCGCCUUUGCAUGUGUCAUCGUCCAACAUCCCUUCGUCGUCCGAAGCAACCCCCAACGACUCGGACAAGGCUAGUGCUACCUCAUCUGACGACGAGCGGUCUUGGCUCCACCGCGUUAGCAAGGGCGAUGACCAAAACGCAGCGCGCAAGAUCCGCACGGCUAUCAAGCGCACCUCGGUUGGUGAGAGGACAAGCAUGCUUGGCCAUCACAAAGUACACAGCAGCACUGGGUCUGCACGUCUCAACGCUCGUAACAACCUGAAGAGCCCUCCUACGGCGCACGCUCGCCGGACCUCUAUCACUAAGGGAGGUGCGCCCAUUGCCGGUGCUCGCCGCGUCACGUUGAGCGAGGACAGGGGCCGUCUUGGUGGGCUCGCCGCUGGCCAAGCGGUAAGGAUGGGAGGCGUCCGCGCACCGGGUGCUGGUAGCAACCUCAAGGGAGAUUCAAAGAGUGCCUGGCGGUAA